ACGUAUUUUGGUUUUGAUGUGAGUAAAAUAAAAGAUCCACUGAGAAGACAGGCAUUAUUAACAAUGAUCAAAACAUACGGUCAGACACCAAAACAACUGUUCCGUUCACCACAUCCUGGUAUACAGAAAUCAAGCGAGGGAAUCCUGUCUCAAAUAUUUCUCAAUCCUAGCUCUGACUUAGAGGAGAGAAGUAGAACGUAUGUGCCACGACCAAUUAAAACAGUAUCUGGUUUAAAAUGGGGUAACUAUGUGGGGUCACCAGAAUUUCUACCCCCUGUACCCACCUGGAUGGAAAGAUAUCCAACUAGAAUAACCAGCAUGGUGCCUGUUUCUGCUGGGGUGGUGUUUGGCGUCCCUGAAAAAUCCUGUGUUAUAGUCCUCAAUUCUAAGGCCAAAG